AUGAGGGCAGCAUUUCCUCCUGGCUUCCUGGUCAACAAGAAUCUAAAACAGAAAACAACCGAGAACGUGAAUUCACUGCUGCACUUGAGCACCGACGAGAAGACUGCGGCUGCUCUUGCAGACAUGAAGACCUACUUCUGGUGUGCCCUGGCUCUCAGUUUCCUGACCGGAGCUUUAACAGCGUUCUUACUUCGUUCUCUUUCUUUUGACCCAGGAGAAAUCAAUGACGCAGCCAAUCAUAAGAUGUUUUCGUUUCAUAAUGGAGGCGUACAGAUUUCUUGUCAAUACCCUGAGAUUGUCCUACAGCUAAAAAUGCAGCUGUUGAAGGGGGCAGAAGUUCUCUGUGAUUUCACCAAGACCAAGGAUAAAGGAAACGUGGUCUCCAUUAAGAAUCAGAAGUUCUGUCCGUAUCAGCUGUCCAACAACAGCAUCUCCUUUUACUUAAACAACUUGGACAGUUCUCACGGGAGCUAUUACUCCUGUAGCCUGUCAAUUUUUGAUCCACCUCCUUUUCGAGAAAAGAUCCUUAGCAAAGAAUAUUUGCAUAUUUACGAAUCACAACUUUGCUUCCAGCUGAAGCUGUGGUUGCCCAUAGGGUGUGCAGCUUUUGCUGUGGUAUAUAUUUUUGGAUGCAUAUUUGUCUUCUGGUUUGCAAAAAAGAAAUAUGGAUCCAGUGUGCAUGACCCCAACAGUGAAUACAUGUUCAUGGCAGCUGUCAACACAGCCAAAAAGUCUAAAUUUGCAGGCGUGACUCCAUAAUCUGGAACACUCUGGCACCCAUGGAGGAACCACACUGACCAGUUUCCCUGAUACUUGAACUGAGAAAUUCUAUUUUCUGGACCAUGGGGCAUCUGACUGCAGGAAUCUCCUUCGGGUUUUUGUUUGUCUGGAUCAGUGACUGCCUGAGACUUGCUGAGUUAUUUUAUGGCAAACCCCUUCUAAUAGAAGGUCCAACUCACGAGUACUCAACAAACAGACCUCACUGGGUUAAUCCAC